AUGGUGCAUUUUAAGUUGAGUGAUCCUGAUACAGCAUAUCCCAGGCUCAUCCUGUCUGAUGAUGGAAAACAAGUCACAUAUGGUGACGUGAUGAAGAACAUUCCUGACAACCCAAAGAGAUUUUCCUCUUAUCCAAAUGUCUUAGGAAAGCAAAGUUUCUCCUCAGGCAAAUUUUACUUUGAGGUUCAGGUCAAAGGAAAAACCGAGUGGGAUUCAGGAGUCGCCAGAACAUCAGUCAACAGGAAGGGAACGAUCAUACUGAGCCCCAAGGAUGGAUUCUGGACGAUUUGGUUGAGAAAGGUUAAUAAAUCUCUUCUUGGACCUGCGGGCUGCUUCUCUCUGAGGCCUCAGCCCGAGAAGGUGGGUGUGUUUGUGGAUUAUGACGAGGGUGUGGUCUCCUUUCAUGACGUAGGUACUGCAGCUCUGAUCUUCUCCCUUACUGGCUGCAACUUCACUGACAACCUCCACCCCAUCUUCAAUCCCUCCAUGCAAAAUGAAAACUCUGUCCCUCUGAUCAUCUGUCCUGUCAAUCAAACUACCUGACAUCAACCUCGAAAAGCCUUGUUUUCACAGAGUGGAACUGUUCAGUUUGAUAUUUCUUUGCGUUUCCUCUCGGAACAGAAUCAAAAAAACCAGCACCCUUCCCUUGGGGUACCAGAGUAAAAUGGUAUGGUACGGAGCCAGUCUAGCUCCACCCAUGACAGUUAGCUGCUGGAUAUCCUCCAUUGUUGUCUGCUGUGACGUGCUCCAUGUCGUUGUUCGUUGUCAACGCACCGGUACAACGUCACACAAUGCAGCCAUCGGGCACAGUCCACCACCCGCCUACCAAAUAAAGAUACUGUUCUCAGUCGAAACGCAAGUCUAUCCCAGGACUUUACCAUUCCAAACCGAACUGUACCAUAAUUGAAACACAGCAUAUCAGAUGAUCACAUUACCUUU